AUGAGCAGCAGGAACCCACCCAGGCUCCUGGACCUUGCCAUCCAGAGUGUGCUGCAGGAUGAGGCCGCAGCCAUUGACGCUCUGGAGUGGCUGCCCACACAACUUUUUCCUCCUUUGUUCAUGGCAGCUGUUGUCGGAGAACACAGAGAGACAAUUAAGGCCAUGGUUGGGGUGUGGCCCUUCCUCAAGCUCCCUCUGGGGGCUCUGAUGGAAGAUUGUCCGUCUCCCCCUGACGUCUUAAAGGCUGCACUUGAUGGUCUUGCUAUCCUGCUUUCCCAGAAGGGGAAGCACAGGAGGUGCAAACUGAAAGUGCUGGAUUUACAAGUGAACACUGGGACCAACUUCUGGAAAGUGUGGGCUGGAGCCGAGUCUACUGCCUCUAUGACGCCAUCAGAGGAUGCAGAGUCCACCCAGCCCCACACUCAGAUCCCCAAAGAAGACAAAUCCAGGUCAGUGGAGAAGCAUCCAGCCUUGGCUGGGAUGACAGUGCUCACAGACCUGUGCCUUCAGGAAGACAUCCCAGAUGAAUUGCUCACCUUCCUCAUCGAAAGGGUCAAGCAGAGGAAGGAUCUGCCACACCUGUGCUGUAGGAAGAUCAAGUUUAUUUGGAAUGUUGCCCAUCUUUCCAUUCUUGGGGAGAUCCUCAACAUGGUGCAGCUGGACUCUGUCCAGGAGGUGAGAUUGCUUGGUAGUUGGGACCUGCAAAGACUCAACUGGUUUGCUCCUUACCUGGCCCAGAUGAUCCACCUGCAUACACUCAUUCUCUCUGAAUGCACCCUCUACUGCAUCGUCCCCGGGGAGGAAGAUAAGGACGAGGUGCAGAAGCUACUUCAACAAUUCACCUCUCGGCUCCUCAGUCUGGAUCAGCUCCAAACCCUCAUCCUGCACUCUGCUCGCUUCCUCGAUAACCACCUGUACCAGCUGCUCAGGAGCUUGCAGGGCCCCUUGGACACCCUCCACAUAAGCCAUUCCUCGCUUAUGGACCAUGACUUGACAUACCUGUCCUCAUGUCCCUGCACCAGCCACCUAAAGUCCCUUGAUUUGAGUGGUGACUGCUUUGGGAGCCGAAUGAUGAGCAUGAGACGCAGAAACGCACGCAGGAUCGUGGACCUGGCCAUCCAGACGGUGUUGCGGAACGAGACCUCAGUCAUUGCCGCUCUGGAGUGGCUGCCCACAGAGCUCUUCCUCCCCUUCUUCAUGGAAGCUGUUGUUGGGGGACACACAGAGAUAGUGAAAGCCAUGAGGAUCCAGUGA